CGAUGUGCUCCAUGCUCGAUACAUCGAAAAAUCACUUAUACGGGUAGUAAGCGUUACGUUACGAUUUCACGACGUUGAGCAGGUCGCAAAAAUCAGCACUUAUAGGAAACCAUAGGCCCUUUCUUUAAUGCAUUGUUUAUUGUCUGCCUUCCGGCAUCAUUUGUGUUGUGUCCUGACGAGCUGUUAAUUCUAGUUGACAAGUAACGCGGGAUGAGUGCAAACGCUGAAAUCACCGGAGUACCCUCCCCCGAAGAUGCUGCCAGGGCGGAAAAAUUUAAAGAAGAAGCGAACGAAUACUUCAAAAAUCAAGACUACAACAAGGCUAUUGAGUUGUAUACCAAAGCCAUUGAACUAAAUAACUCAGUAGCUGUAUAUUAUGGAAAUAGGAGUUUCGCUUACCUGAAGACAGAAUGCUUUGGAUAUGCACUGACGGAUGCAUCUAGAGCAAUAGAACUGGACAGAAACUAUGUGAAGGGAUAUUACCGUAGAGCAGCAGCUUACAUGUCCCUUGGCAAGUUUAAACUAGCUCUUAAAGAUUUUGACACAGUAACUAAGGCUAGGCCGAAUGACAAAGAUGCGAAGGCCAAAUACAGUGAAUGCAGUAAGAUAGUAAAGAAAUUAGCAUUUGAGAAAGCUAUUUCAGUGGAGGAGAAUAAGAAAAAUAUAGCUGAUUCAAUUAAUCUAGAUGCCAUGGCUAUCGAGGACGAAUAUACUGGACCAAAGCUUGAGGAUGGUAAAGUCACCCUAAAAUUUAUGCAAGAUUUAAUAGAAUGGUACAGAAACCAGAACAAGUUGCAUCGCAAGUAUGCCUACAAGAUUCUCCUAGAUGUCAAGGCAUGGUUCAUGGCACAACCAAGCUUAGUAGAUAUAGUCAUUCCCGAUAAUAGUAAAUUUACUAUUUGUGGUGACAUACAUGGCCAAUACUAUGACCUUCUUAAUGUAUUCGAAUUGAAUGGAUUACCAUCGGAGACUAAUCCUUAUUUAUUUAAUGGGGAUUUCGUUGACAGAGGUUCGUUCUCUGUAGAGUGCAUAUUCACUCUAUUUGGUUUCAAACUUCUCUAUCCAAAUCAUUUCUUCAUGUCGAGAGGUAAUCACGAAUCGGCAACCAUGAAUCAAAUGUAUGGAUUCGACGGCGAGGUGAAAGCAAAAUACACCGCUCAAAUGGCUGAACUAUUUACGGAAGUGUACAAUUGGCUACCGUUGGCUCACUGUCUCAAUAAUAGAGUACUUGUGAUGCACGGCGGAUUAUUCUCAAGGGACGAUGUGACGUUGCAAGAGAUUCGCGAGAUCAACAGAAACAGGCAGCCUCCCGAUGAUGGUCUGAUGUGCGAAUUACUAUGGUCUGAUCCUCAACCGCAACUAGGAAGAGCGCCCAGCAAACGUGGUGUUGGCGUUCAGUUUGGUCCAGAUGUAACACAAAAAUUCUUAUUGCUCAAUGGUCUUGAUUACAUUGUCAGGAGCCAUGAAGUUAAAAAUGAUGGGUAUGAAGUUGCCCACGAUGGAAAAUGCAUCACAGUGUUCUCAGCUCCAAACUAUUGUGAUACCAUGGGUAACCGAGGUGCCUUUAUCACACUUAACGGCAAAGAUAUGAAACCUAACUUCACGUCCUAUGUUGCAGUGCCACAUCCGAACGUAAAGCCAAUGGCGUACGCCAAUUCUCUACUAAACUUCAUUUGCUAGUGGAGCAUACUAGGAAUAUUAUUGAUAAAUAAAUGAAUAAUAAUAAUUGAAUACAAGUAGCCCAAUCAAAGUGUGCGUAAUAUAUUUGAUACUGACGCGGAGAAGGUAAGGUGUGCUUAUACUUCUCCACAACAAUAAUUACCGUAUCAUAGUAGGAACAAAAAAGUUUACUGUAUCAUAAUACAUACGAUGAAUGUAUAAUCAUCGAUGGGUACGAAAUUGAAAAUAGGGUCUUACUCACUGUAUGACCUUCAAUUUAAUUAUAGGCUAUGAUUCGAUCCAUAUAGAAUAGCAAUGGAUCCAUAAUACGAUGAAUAAGAGUGACAUUAACAUUCGAGGCAGAUCUUACUAUGAUUUUGAUUUUAUCGAAGACGGAACAAGUCAUUUCUAUUUUGUACCCUCGAAAGAACCACGUUGCUCAUUAAGGAUACCACUGUUAAUGCACAAAGAUGUUAAUGAGGUAAACGGAGCGAAAGAUUGUAAAAACGAUUUCAAAAAUUGAACAGGAUAUCAAAAUUUUACUCCUAAAUAAUGAAGAUUUACUCAAGGAUUUAAAAAACCUCGUGCUUUGAUGUGUCCCAAUAUGUCCUUUAAUGAAUGAUGCUGGUUCGAUUACGGAACAAUGAUUAUAAUAUACAAACCUAAUACAUAAUGCGAAUUAGCAUGAGUAUGUAGUACAAGCAACGGCCUCGUCGAUCACUAUUUGCCACGUUAUUUGUGGCUACUUUUCUACAAAUCUAUUGUGAUCAGCGGGGUUGCGUCGAUCUAACAUUUUGUUUUUUUUUUGUUAAUAAUAAAUGAUGUUUAUAAUGUA